GGGAAGGUAUUGUCGCAUUCACGCUGGCAGAGAUGAAGUCAAAGGUGGCUGUGAGAACUGACUGCUGCUGCUGCUGCUGCUGCUGCUGCUGUCUGCUGUCUGCUAAUCGGCAUGAAGGCGGCACAUUUAAUCUGAUUCUUCUCUUACUCCAAUUUUCCUGUGUUUGCUCCUUCAUCAAGUUAAGCAAUGUGAAUUAUGCCACCUUCAUGCACCACAUUCAUCCUGUGUAAUUCUCUGGUUUCGUCUGUGGCGAUGGGCGAGUGUGCACUCUACUCUUUAAGCCCUCUCUACAAAUGGACUAGCACUCUGAUCAGCACAUGGGGUAAGUACUGUCCACCUACACCUGUGAGUUCACUGGUCUACCAGUGGGAGGUUGAUGCUACAUUCUGUCCACCUACACCUGUGAGUUCACAGGUCUACCAGUGGCAGCUUAAUGCUACAUUCUGUCCACCUACACCUGUGAGUUCACAGGUCUACCAGUGGCAGCUUAAUGCUACAGUUCGUUUGAUAAAAGCGUCCAGAAGCAGAAGUAAACGAACCACUCCUACUCCUUGCUGCGCGCACCAAGCAUGUUUCCUCCCAAAUAGCACAGACAGCAGUGUAAUGCUGACCACAAUCUACCUGUGUCUGUGUCUGUUUCACUGCUGCUGCUCCUCUACCUUUCUGGUCUGCUGUAGUAGGUUGAGUUGAUUUGGAUGUUUUCGGACAGCCCAUUGUGAUACUGACGUCAUCGCCCGCAUCGCUCGCGGUAGUGUUGCCUGUUAAGCAAGUACGUUUGAGGGUCGGCGGGUAAACAAGUACGCGUGAGGGCUCUCUCGGGACCAGCAGCUACACAAGCCUGCCUCUGGAUUCGCGAGGUGGUUGAAAAUGGGUUAUUCUAUGGUGAAUGGUGGCAGAGUGUUGCCCGAGCAAAUCGUCAAGCCGACGCCGUCGGCGAUGCGAAGCAGACUGCUGAAGUUUGCGCUGUUGAUGACCGUUCUUCUGGCAUUCGUCUUUUGCUUCGUCUCUGUGUCGCUCUCCUUUCCUGGGAGAAAAGAGGGCGCUCUCCACGAUGAUGGACGCAGGUCGGAGGACUCUUUCCGUGCAUUUGCAUUGUACGCGGAAGACAUCUCCUUGGAGGUGAUCACCAUGACAAUGAAGAGUUUGGUCGGGAAGGGUGUGUCUAAGUGCGUUCAGCGGUGCAUGAGCGCAGCCGGGCCGCCAUGCGUCGAGGCGGGAAGAGGACUUGCAGAUGACGACGGUCGUCGGACACCUGCAUCUGGAAGAGGAGAAGGCGGUGGACGCCCGCCUCUGUGGCAGAAAGUUAGAUCGAAGGAGGCCCUCGGCAUGGAAGUCGACCAGGAUCUCGUGGCGAAUGAUGCGGGGGAUUCCGGCGGUAAGGGCAACAAAAAGUCGGGUGAAAAGGAGUCGGACAAGGUAGUCCCGUCUGCUGCCAGCGCAGAGCAUGCAGGCGCAGACGGGGACAGGAAAGGCGAUUCUCAGUUGGCGAACUUGGUUUCCGAAGUUAAAAAGCUGGCGUUAACGACGAAUGCCAGAAAGCAGGAGAUGUACUUCAACCUCGGUCAGGACGACAUUGAGCUGCUGGAGCUGGCAGUGAAGAAGACGAACUACAUGCGCAGGGUGGCAUUGCUGUUUCUUACGGACGGACCCUUCCGCUUAGCGCCAGUGUGGGAAAACUAUCUCCGUGGGUACGAGGACUUCUACUCGCUUUAUGUGCACCAGAUGCCGCGCUUCGAGCUUAUCGAUAACGUGUCCGGCCCAUUUGCCGGAAGACAGAUAAAGAGUGAGAACGUCGACUGGGGGAGGAUGGACUUAGUGGAUGCUCAGCGACGGCUGCUGGCGAACGCGAUAAUGAAUCCGUUGAACCAGCGCUUCAUUAUUCUCUCCGGCUCCAGCGUUCCCGUCACCGACUUCCGCGCUAUGUACCAUUACCUUAUGGAUACAGGUGACAGUUUUGUGGAGGCCUCAGCAGUGGCAAAACAGCAACAUGACGGCAAGUUGAGAUCGAUUGUCCGUCGGAGGGAGUUUGAGUUUGGAUCGCAGUGGGUCGCGUUGACGAGGAAACACGCAACGCUCAUCGUGAAGGACCGGACUUUCUAUCCGGCGUUUGCACGGAACUGUGUCGGAAUUCAAGAAGACAAAGAUGCUCUGUGCACUGUGGGAUUAUUCUCGCAGUGGUGUAGAGAAAAACCGCAUGUCGCCUGUCACCCGGACGAGCACUACAUCCAAACAGUAAUCGAUAGCCUUGCAAAGAACGAGCUGAACAGGCGGUCGAUAAUGUGGACGCACCGAGACAGCCCCUGGGAUCUGCAUCCUGUCGCGUGGAACGCGGAGAAGUUGAGGGCAAAUAGCACACUCUUGGAGUCUAUCCGCGAGCAGAGAAGUUGUCUUUGGAAUGGCCAGGAGAAGGAGUGCUACCUCUUUGCACACAAGUUCGCACCGGACACCGUGCCGCUGCUCCUGGAAAAGGGCCAGCAGCUAGGACUAUGGGAUUAGCAUAGAAGAUAAGUCUUCCAUAUGUCAGUUCCAAUCGUUUUUAUUGCUAUGGGCUCACCCAUAAUAUUCUUCACUGCUCUCUCUCUCUUGCUCAAACACAUACACAGACACAACACACACACAAACACCGCCCUCUGUCCUCUGGAUCUUAUACCCAAAUGUGUUUCCUUUUUUCACACAACAGACAUGCUGCAGGGUCUCUCUCUCUCUCUCCAUCUCUCUCUCUCUCUCUCUCUCUCUCUCUCUCUCUCUCUCUCUCUCUCUCUCUCUCUCUCUCUCUCUCUCCAGCCCCUUGGGGACAUACUCUUCAGUCUUCACUCGCUCAUACCGUUCUUGGUGCCAUUUUGCG